AUGAGUAACUUGGCCAGAAGUCGCACGUAUAGUAACGCUGUGACAGAUGAAAACGCAGUCGCUCUCACAGGCGGCACCAGGCCGUCCAGAAGACCCAAAAGUAUCGCAGGAGCAUCCUGCAGCGAUGUGCCCCGUCGAGAGCUAGCAGAGGUGCAAAACUGGCAGUCGCAGCUGUCGCAGGACGACUCAAAGCUGCCGACGGUCUCGACACAAGAGUUGCAGCCGCAGGCCAGCCAGGAACCUGCACGCAAAAAGCAGAAAAUAUACAGGAGCGACGACGAAAGCGAGGACCACAGAGAUCACGACGACGAGAAACAGGGCGCUGAGAUGGACUCAGCAGACGCUGUGGUGGAUGCCAGUAAUCUUGCAGCGUGGAAAAAUCUCGACCUAGACGAAAAAGACGACAUAUGCAUGGUGGUGGAAUAUACAGACGAAAUAUUCGACCACCUCUAUCAGCGAGAAGGCCAGACAACCGCGACCUACAACUAUCUAAAGAGCACAGACUCACCACAGCAUCUCAGGCCCUCUUUGCGGGCUAUUCUCAUCGAUUGGCUCAUAGAAGUUCACCAGAAAUUUCAGCUACUUCCAGAAACCCUCUACUUGUCCAUUAACGUCAUGGACAGAUUCAUGUCCCUACGCAAAGUCUCAAUGGCUAAACUACAACUUCUGGCGGUGAGCAGCUUGCUCAUCGCUGCGAAAUUCGAAGAAAUAAACCUCCCUAAGCUUUCGCAGUACGCGUAUAUCACUGACGGGGCUUGCACUUGUCAAGAUAUCAAAGAAGCAGAGAUGUACGUUCUCACAACGCUGAAGUUCAACAUUGGAUGGCCAAAUCCGCUUAACUUUUUGCGCAGAAUAUCCAAGGCUGACGGGUACGAUAAUAAAACUAGAAGCAUUGCGAAAUUCUUCAUGGAGUACGCAAUGUGCUGCCCUGAAUUCGUGGAUGUCGUGCCGUCGCGUAUCAGCGCAAUGGCCAUGUACUGCGCCAGGGCAUGUCUAGAUAAAGACACCAAGUGGAGCGAGACCUUCAGGCACUACAGUGGUGGUAUUGAUGUUUUUCAUGACGUAGCUUUCCAAAAGGAAUGCUGCAAUUUAAUAAAAGAGAUUUCCAAACCAAGCACUCAAUUAAAGGCUCUAGAGCUGAAAUAUAGAAGCAAAGCGACAGACAGCGUCUUUGAGCCGGCAAAAGUUUGGUGUGACGUAGUCGUUGCAAGUAAUUUCGAUGGGUUGUUUUAA